UUGGCGGUAGCCGAGGACCGGUGUCCGCCGCCCAGUAUGUAAGGCGGCCGGGGGCGUCUCCCCGGCACCAUGACGGAGGAGGGCGGCGGCGGCGGGAAGGAGCUGGAGAAGCAGCUGCGGCUCCGGGUGUGCGUCCUCAGCGAGCUCCUCAAGACCGAGAGGGACUACGUGGGAACCCUGGACUUCCUCGUCUCUGCAUUCUUACACCGGAUGAUUCAGUGUGCAGCCUCAAAAGUUGACAAAAAUGUCACAGAGGAAACCGUGAAGAUGCUGUUCUCCAACAUCGAAGACAUUCUUGCAGUGCACAAGGAAUUCCUCACCAUUGUGGAGGAGUGUCUGCAUCCAGAGCCUGAAGCUCAACAAGAAGUGGGAACCUGCUUUCUGCACUUUAAAGAUAAGUUUCGCAUCUACGAUGAAUACUGUAGUAACCAUGAGAAGGCACAAAAGCUGCUCCUCGAACUUAACAAGAUAAGAACAAUAAGGGCUUUUCUUCUGAAUUGCAUGCUGCUCGGGGGACGAAAGAACACAGAUGUUCCUCUGGAAGGUUAUCUGGUGACACCAAUACAGAGGAUAUGCAAGUAUCCUCUUCUUUUGAAGGAGUUGCUGAAGAGGACACCAAGGAAGCACAGUGACUAUGCGGCAUUGAUGGAAGCCCUCCAAGCCAUGAAAGCUGUCUGUUCCAACAUAAAUGAAGCCAAGAGGCAGAUGGAAAAAUUAGAGGUUUUGGAAGAAUGGCAGUCUCACAUUGAAGGCUGGGAGGGUUCUAAUAUCACCGACACCUGUACAGAAAUGCUCAUGUAUGGAGUUCUGUUGAAAAUUUCUGCCGGAAAUAUUCAAGAGCGGGUGUUCUUCCUUUUUGAUAAUCUGUUGGUGUACUGCAAAAGAAAACACAGGCGAUUAAAGAACAGCAAAGCUUCCACGGAUGGACAUCGAUACCUUUUCCGAGGGAGGAUCAAUACCGAAGUGAUGGAAGUUGAGAACGUUGACGAUGGCACAGCUGACUUCCACAGCAGUGGACACAUCGUCGUUAAUGGUUGGAAAAUCCAUAACACUGCAAAGAAUAAAUGGUUUGUAUGUAUGGCGAAAACCCCCGAAGACAAACAUGACUGGCUGGAAGCUAUUUUGAAGGAGAGAGAAAGGCGGAAAGGUUUGAAACUCGGCAUGGAGCAAGAUACAUGGGUGAUGAUUUCUGAGCAGGGAGAGAAACUUUACAACAUGAUGUGCAGACAAGGAAAUCUGAUCAAAGACAGAAAGAGGAAGCUAACUACCUUUCCUAAAUGCUUCCUUGGGAGUGAGUUUGUGUCCUGGUUGUUGGAAAUUGGAGAGAUUCACAAACCUGAAGAAGGAGUCCAUUUGGGACAAGCAUUAUUGGAGAAUGGUAUUAUCCACCAUGUUACUGAUAAGCAUCAAUUCAAACCAGAACAGAUGUUAUAUAGAUUCCGCUACGAUGAUGGAACGUUUUAUCCAAGAAAUGAGAUGCAGGAUGUGAUUUCCAAGGGUGUGAGAUUAUACUGUCGCCUUCAUAGCCUGUUCACUCCAGUGAUAAGGGAUAAAGAUUACCAUCUAAGGACCUACAAAUCUGUGGUCAUGGCUAACAAAUUAAUAGAUUGGCUAAUUGCCCAGGGGGAUUGCCGGACCAGGGAAGACGCCAUGAUCUUCAGCGUGGGACUUUGCGACAAUGGGUUUAUGCAUCAUGUUCUGGAAAAAAGUGAGUUCAAAGAUGAGCCCCUACUCUUUCGUUUUUUCGCGGAUGAAGAAAUGGAAGGAUCAAAUAUGAAACACAGGCUUAUGAAACAUGACUUAAAGGUUGUAGAAAAUGUGAUAGCCAAAUCAUUGUUGAUCAAGUCUAAUGAGGGAAGCUAUGGCUUUGGUUUAGAAGACAAAAAUAAAGUACCGAUUAUCAAAUUGGUGGAGAAAGGGUCUAAUGCCGAGAUGGCAGGCAUGGAAGUUGGGAAAAAGAUUUUUGCCAUCAAUGGUGACCUAGUGUUUAUGAGACCUUUCAGCGAAGUGGAUUGCUUCUUAAAAUCAUGUUUGCACAGCAAAAAGCCCCUCAGAGUCCUAGUGAGCACGAAACCAAGGGAGACCGUGAAGAUUCCAGAUUCUGCAGAUGGUCUGGGAUUCCAGAUCCGGGGUUUUGGUCCAGCUGUAGUCCAUGCUGUUGGGAGAGGAACCGUGGCUGCCGCAGCUGGUCUUCACCCAGGACAGUGCAUCAUCAAAGUGAACGGGAUUAAUGUCAGCAAGGAAACACAUGCCAGUGUGAUCGCCCAUGUCACAGCCUGCAGGAAAUUCAGACGUCCAAUGCAGCAAGACUCCAUUCAGUGGGUUUAUAACAGCAUUGAGAGUGCCCAAGAGGACCUUCAGAAAACUAAUAACAAAGCUUCGGGAGAUGAUGGCGGAGAUGCUUUCGACUGCAAAGUGGAAGAAGUAAUCGACAAGUUUAACACCAUGGCUAUAAUAGAUGGGAAGAAGGAUCACGUGAGCUUGACUGUUGACAACGUUCACCUGGAGUACGGCGUCGUGUACGAGUACGAUAGUACAGCCGGAAUAAAGUGCAACGUACUAGAGAAGAUGGUGGAGCCAAAAGGUUUCUUCAGCUUGACUGCCAAGAUUCUUGAAGCGCUGGCUAAAAGUGAUGAGCAUUUUGUGCAGAACUGCAACAGCCUAAACUCUUUAAAUGAAGUCAUCCCUCCUGACCUCCAGAGCAAAUUCAGUGCCAUCUGCAGUGACAAAAUUGAGCACAUAUACAGAAGAAUAUCUAGUUAUAAAAAGUUUUCCCGUGUGCUAAAGAAUAGAGCUUGGCCGACAUUUAAACAGGCCAAGUCCAAAAUUUCUCCAUUGCACAGCAGCGACUUUUGCCCAACGAACUGCCAUGUCAAUAUAAUGGAAGUCUCCUAUCCCAAGACCUCAACCUCCCUAGGGAGCGCCUUUGGAGUUCAGUUGGACAGCAGGAAGCACAAUUCCCAGGAGCAGGAGAACAAAACCAGCGAGCAAGGGAAGCUAAACCCCAUGGUCUACAUUCAGCACACGAUUACAACAAUGGCAGCCCCUUCGGGACUAUCCCUGGGUCAGCAGGAUGGGCACGGGCUUCGGUAUUUGUUAAAAGAAGAGGAUUUGGAAACUCAAGAUAUCUAUCAGAAAUUGUUGGGCAAACUGCAGACGGCGCUGAAGGAGGUGGAAAUGUGUGUCUGUCAAAUAGACGACCUUCUGUCUUCAAUAACAUAUUCUCCCAAAUUGGAACAUAAAACAUCCGAGUCCUUAAUCCCCACUGACAGUGACAAUGAGAAAGGAGAGAAGAAUGGCAAAAAAGUCUGUUUUAAUGUAGCUGGAGACGAGCAGGAAGAUUCAGGUCAUGACACUCUCAGCAACCGCGAUUCUUACAGCGACUGCAACAGCAAUAGGAAUUCCGUCGCCUCAUUCACUAGCAUUUGCAGUAGCCAAUGCAGUUCCUACUUUCACAGUGAUGAAAUGGACUCGGGUGAUGAACUUCCCUUGAGUGUUCGCAUUUCUCAUGACAAACAGGACAAGCUACAUGGGUGCUUGGAACAUCUUUUUAGUCAGGUGGACUCAAUUACCAAUCUCUUGAAAGGACCAGCUGUAACUCGAGCCUUUGAACAAACCAAGUUCUUCUCACCAGGUCGGGGAUUACAAGAGUUUCAGCAGGAAAUGGAACCCAAGCUAAGCUGCCCAAAAAGAUUACGCCUUCACAUCAAGCAGGAUCCGUGGAAUCUUCCCAGCAGCGUCCGGACUCUUGCACAGAACAUCAGAAAGUUUGUGGAAGAGGCGAAGAGCAGGAUACUUUUGGCCCUCCUUGAAUAUUCAGAUAGCGAGAUCCAGCUCAGAAGAGACAUGGUUUUCUGCCAGAGUCUAGUGGCCACAGUCUGCGCCUUUUCUGAGCAACUAAUGGCGGCCUUAAAUCAAGUGUUUGACAACAGCAAAGAAAAUGAAAUGGAGACGCAGGAAGUGAGCAGGAGGUGGCUGGACCAAAUCGCCACCGCGGGGGUCCUGCUGCACUUUCAGUCGCUGCUGUCGCCCAAUUUGACUGACGAACAAGCCAUGUUAGAAGAUACCCUGGUUGCCUUGUUUGACCUGGAGAAAGUUUCUUUUUAUUUUAGACCAUCGGAACAAGAGCCAUUAGUUGCAAAUGUUCCCCUUACGUAUCAAGCGGAAGGAAGCCGUCAAGCCUUGAAAGUUUACUUCUACCUUGAUAGUUUUCAUUUUGAACAACUGCCUCAGAGGUUAAAGAAUGGAGGAGGGUUUAAAGUCCAUCCAGUUCUCUUUGCUCAAGCACUGGAGAGCAUGGAAGGAUAUUAUUACAGAGACAAUGUUUCCGUGGAAGAAUUUCAAGCCCAGAUUAAUGCUGCUUCUUUGGAAAGGGUGAAACAGUAUAAUCAGAAGCUCAGGGCGUUCUACCUGGACAAGUCAAAUUCACCUCCAAACUCCACAUCCAAAGCGGCUUAUGUAGAUAAGCUGUUACGGCCACUCAACGCUUUGGAUGAACUGUACCGGUUGGUGGUCUCCUUUAUCCGGUCCAAACGCACGGCCGCCUGCGCGUACACGGCUUGCAGCGCCUCGGGGGUUGGACUGCUUUCCGUGUCCUCGGAACUGUGUACCAGACUCGGAGCGUGCCACAUCAUCAUGUGCAACAGCGGCGUCCAUCGCUGCACGCUGAGCGUUACUCUGGAGCAGGCCAUCAUUCUUGCUCGAAGCCACGGUCUGCCACCCCGGUACAUCAUGCAAGCGACAGACGUGAUGCGCAAACAGGGAGCAAGAGUCCAGAACACGGCCAAGAAUUUGGGAGUGCGAGACCGGACCCCACAGUCUGCUCCUCGGUUAUACAAGCUGUGUCAGCCACCGCCAGAAGAAUAAAGAGACGUGCUUCAGAAAUUCGUGAAUACUUCUGGGACGUUGGACUGUAAAAGAAAAUUCAAUGCUGCUUCCAGUGAAGUGUUUCUGGACUCUCGUUAAGUGCUCUACUUGGGGUAAGAGCAAAACUGCCUUCGUUUAAGUGUUUCUCAAUCAAUUUCCCCCUCCCCAAGCCCAGAAGAAAGAAGACACUGGGGAACUUAUUCACGUCACUCCUCUUUCGGUAAUGUAUGUAGGAACACCCUCUGCCAUUUAACCCGAAUUGUACUUUCCAAGCGCCAAGUACAGUGCUCUGCACACAGUAAGCGCUCAAUAAAUACGAUCGAAAGAAUGAACCUGGGAUAUCGACACUGGAAUCGGUCUGCGGAUGAAGGAGCUGGCAGCAUCUAAAAUCACCUCAUCCCAGAUCAUCACUCAUCACGGUUACCAACCAUCCUGAGAAUUUAGAGAAGAAAGUAGAAGGAUACUCGAGCGACCACACAGUUAAGCCUACCGAUCACUCCCCCCACCCCACAAGCCGACUUACUAUGUCUUAUGAUAUUUCCUUUUGUUUCCUCCAGGGUGCUUAGGAAAGGAACGUGUUCUAGUAUUUCGGGUGGAAGCGUUGUAAAUGUAGCCCCAUCACUUCAACAGAGCCCCGCAGUCUCUGGAAUCAAUCAGUGGUAUUUAUUGAUUGCUCAUUGUGUGCAGAGAACUGUACUAAGCGCUUGGGAGAGUACAGUACAUCAAUAGACACGUUCCCUGCCCACAGUGAGUUUACCGUCUAGAGGGCAUGCUGUCGUUAAAAGGAAUCUGGUCCCUACUGCUGGAUUUGGGACAUUAUUUUCCAAAUCCGGUAGCCAGAACUGCAGAUCUGUUGACUACGUUUUCUUCCCAUCCCCGCCAAAGUGGGCUCCCUGCCUGGCAGAUCCCAGAGUCUGACAAGGGUCCAGGAUCCCCUAAACCUGGUUUCGAUGGAGCUUGGCAGUUCAAACAACAUGUCUCAGUAUGGGGAGAGGGCAGUUCCCCCGAUACUUUUAAUUAGGAGCUAAUCAAGAUGCCCUUUUCUUGGAGUGUGCUGCUUAUGCUUGAAUAAAUGAAUGAAUUAUGCCAAUAAUGCAGAAAGCAAAGACAAGCAGAGCACGGGAUCAAAUUCAGCUCAUCUAAACUGUUAAGGAUUCGAGCUCGAUGGGCCUCCAUAGGAGGGCUCCUGACGUUGACUGAGAGAAGUCAAAUAGGACAAGGGUGCUGUAGACAUGUACAGAUCACUCCUCUGUUCUGGCCUCUGACGUCUAGUGCCUUCUACGCGAAUUUACCUUCAAAAUAUGGGCACGCUGAUCCAACGUUUGAGGAAAAGGUCAAGGGUAAGACACCUGUUCAUUUUGGCACCUUGUCACUUCCCUUUUCUGGAGCAUCCUUUUGUUACGAAUCACGCGGACAAGAAAUAUUGAGGGGAGAGACUAAUAACCAAGUGACUCGCGUGGUUGGAUACACCGCGAGGAGUUCCUGUUUCAGAGCUACAGUGGAAGGUAGAAGAGAAACUUUUGAUUUGUCAAAAGUCAAAACUCAGGGACCCUCAGCAUCCUUGGAUCCAACUGGACCUGCCACAUGUUUGAAAAUUUGGGAUUUUUGAAGCUAAGGAAAGAGCUUAUCGCAUGCUUAGCAUAGCUCACCCUGGCCUUUACAUAGUGCAUUUGGGACCUGGGCCUCUAAACACUACCUUUAUUUGAAGCUGAAAUAAUCGAGUUUAAAUGCAAAGGCAAUUUUUAUUUAUCUCAGUGUUGCAGAAGGUCAGAUAUGCAGAAUAUAAGAAGAAGUGCUAGGUUUUUGAGGUUAGCUUUUUGGAUGACAGGGAUCUUGGAAGAGGGCAGUAUAUCAUGGGCAUUUGAGAAGCAGUGUGGCUCAGUGGAAAAGAGCCCGGGCUUUGGAGUCAAAGGUCAUGGGUUCA